UCAACAAGCCAGUGAAGACCGCUGCCAUAUUUGAAGAGUGCGCUGUUACUCUCCUCAGAUCGAUUUUGUGUAUUAUUGUGAUAAUUGUAUACUUGGAUGGGUAUACAUGUGUGAGAUGUAAGCAGGGAGACCUCGACGCCAGGAUAUACACACAGGAUUUACCUAAGAAGCCCGGAGAAUACCAUAGGAAGCGGUUAACGUGAGGAUUCAAAUAAGAGAUGGUGGACUGACUACCGAUAGUUCAUGUUUUGACGAGAAAAGGCUCUUAUGAGGUGUUUAUACCCUCAUAUCAGUGUGAGGUGGAAUGAUACAGUACAUAGAGUUUGUCUGGGAAUAAGUGAAGUGAACAAGUAAGUGGAUAGAGGAAUUAGCGGUGUGAUAUUUGUGUUUUGGGCGAGUGUUUUGACCCUUACGGGCGCGUCCAUUCUAGCGCGCGGGGGAGGAACCCAGCCAGAGUCGUGCAAAACGUAAACAAACUGCGUCUUACCAUCCAAAUUUUACCCAUAGUACUGGAAAUGAAUACUAUCUUCAAUGACUCCCAACAAGAAAUCGUCAUUUAAAGGACCACUCGACACCAUAUCGUCCAAACCAGAUUGAUUACCUUAGAAAAACAAGUGUUGAAAGACGGUGUGGAAGUUGCUUUGUUGACACGGCCUCUGGUGUUGGUAGCCACUUUCCACGAGCCCCGUUAAACAUGGCGUUCACUGGGAUGUGAAGCCAGGCCCGGGAUCUGACACAACUGGAUGGAAUGGUUUUAUUGACCUACUGCCCGCACAUUACUGAACCAAUAUGCCGGAGAAUGAGACAGCAGACAUUGCACUACCAUUGAUUUUAGUUGCAAGGGGGCCAAGGAAGAAGAGGAGUGUAGUUUUAUUAUAUACAUGGAUUGUAUGAUUAGAAGUGAAGCUUAUCACUUUUUAGCCCACUGAAGAUACAUAUCAUUGGAGUUUACUGAAGCUCUAGACAUAAUCAUAAGGAGACUAGUAUCUUAAGGCAUUGUUGUGUUGGAUUUUGGAAUUUUAAAAAGAUAAUAGGCUAAUUAUAUAAAACUGAGUGUAACUAAGUUCUGUGAUGAAGUGUUGCUGUGAUUUCUUAUGGGUGAAGUGAAGUGUGGAAAGUUUUCCAAAGAAGCAUAGACGAGUGCGGGAUAACAGUGCACAGUACUUGACGAGAUCCAGGUAAUCCCUGGACCACUGUGCACAAUUUAGCAGUGGUAGCCUGGCAGGCGCCGGGAUAGCCAGCCUUGGGGAGCGCGAGUGCAGUGGUGGGGCCGGGCCGGGCCAUGCAGGCGGGGGUGCCAUGGUGCUGGUGAGUGGGGGAGGGGGGGACGGCUCGGGUGCCGCAGCAGCCGGUGGGCGAGUGGGUGGGGCGGCCGCUGCAGCCCAAGCCAUGGACAAGGCUUGGGGGGUGACCGUGGCCCCCCCGAAUCAGCACAAGCGCCAUGACCCCUGGCACAAACAUGAGCUGGCGGACAAGGAAAGAGCCAAGCAGAUGCGUGACAUGGGAGGAGGGUACGGGGGUCGGCCAAACCUCCUGUAUGGCAAGCUGUGUUCGGAGGAUCAGCUGCAGCAGUUGGGGGUGUCGUUGGAGUACGUCCCGCCAGAGGGUCAGCUGUCCUCUUCUCAUCGAACUCCGCAGCAGCCUCCUCCUCAUGGCUCGGUUGGUGGGAGUCAAGUAGCAGUUGGUGGUGGAGGAGCCUAUAAGUCAGUCCCGUUACAGGCCCUCCACCGUUCUCCAGCUGAAAGGAGGUACCGUGAUCCAGCACAGGGCCCUCUACGGAAACUCUCAGUCGAUCUCAUCAAAACUUAUAAGCACAUAAAUGAGGUUUACUAUGCCAAGAAAAAGAAACGUGCCCAGCAAACGCAGGGUCAGAGUCCAAGUAUGCACAAAAAGGAACGGAAGGUGUACAAUGAUGGCUACGAUGACGACAACCAUGAUUAUAUGAUAAAGUCUGGGGAGAAGUUUGAAGAUAGAUAUGAAAUUGACUCAUUGAUAGGCAAAGGCUCUUUUGGUCAGGUUGUCAAGGCCUUCGACCAUGAGGAACAGACGUGGACAGCCAUCAAGAUUAUAAAGAACAAGAAGCCAUUCCUCAACCAGGCGCAGAUCGAAGUGAAGCUGCUGGAGAUGAUGAAUCGAGCAGAUUCUGACAACAAGUAUUAUAUAGGUAAAGACAAGAUAGUACGAUUGAAGCGACAUUUUAUGUGGCGCAAUCACCUGUGCUUGGUCUUCGAGCUGUUAUCUUACAACCUAUAUGACCUCCUGCGCAACACCAACUUCCGUGGUGUGUCGCUGAAUCUGACUCGCAAGUUUGCGCAACAGCUGUGCACAGCUCUCCUCUUCCUGUCCACACCGGAGCUUCAGAUAAUCCACUGUGAUCUAAAACCAGAAAAUAUUCUACUUUGCAAUCCAAAGCGGAGUGCAAUUAAGAUUGUGGAUUUUGGAAGUUCUUGUCAAAUGGGCCAGAGGAUAUAUCAGUAUAUUCAGUCACGAUUUUACCGGUCACCUGAGGUGUUGCUGGGUAUCCCUUACAAUAUGGCCAUUGACAUGUGGAGUCUCGGAUGUAUCCUGGUGGAGAUGCACACAGGGGAACCUCUGUUUUCAGGGGCCAAUGAGGUGGACCAGAUGAACAAGAUUGUGGAAGUGUUAGGAAUGCCACCAAAGCAUAUCUUGGACAUGGCCACGAAAGCACGGCGAUAUUUUGAUAAAUUGCCUGAUGGGACUUAUAUCCUUAAGAAAGCUAAGGAUGGCAAGAAAUAUAAGCCACCAAUGAGUCGUAAAUUGCGGGACAUUAUUGGGGUUGAAAGUGGUGGCCCGGGUGGUCGACGUUUGAAUGAACAGGGUCACUCAGUUUCUGAUUAUCUCAAGUUUGAGGAUCUGAUAAAGAAAAUGCUGGACUAUGACCCAAAGACAAGGAUCACCCCAUAUUAUGGCCUGCAGCACAACUUCUUUAAACGAACCAGUGACGAAUCCACAAACACAAGCAAUUCAACCAGUCCAGCGAUUGAACACACUGUGGCCUCUCCCAUCAAUCAUUCAACCUCUCAACCUGUGGCAGUGUCAGGUCGUGCAAGGUCAGAUCCAUCUCACCACCACACUCACACUGGGCACUCUCAUGGGGCUAUGGACUGUGAGGUGUUUAGUCAUCAUGCAGCUCACCCUCCACAUGCAGCCCACCAUCCCCGCCACGUGCACCCUCACCAUGCCCACCGCUGUCGACCGCCGGAUCCCCGCCCUCCAGAUACUGCCGGACGGCCCCAACCCCAAGCCACGUCGUCCAGUAACACGGCAGCUGCUGGAGGAUCCUUGCCACCUACAGCAGUAUAUUCUACUCAUCCAUACUUACCUAUGGCCCUGGACUGUACCCAGACUGGCUCUGUCAACCUCCCCUUGGCACCCAGUAGUGGUAGUAGUGCAUCAGGCCCACCUUCAGCUCCAUACCACUAUCCUGGACUGCCCACUUUUCCACCAGCUACCUCCAGUAGCAGUGGGAGUAGUGGAGGGCAGGCAGGUGUUGUUGGCUAUGGUUACCCAGGAGGUUCGCUGGUGCCAGUUGUUUCUGGGGGCCCUGGUGUCAUGUAUGAAGGGGCGCGGCCACCUGGGGGACAUCUUGAGCAGCCACAACCUCUGCCUAUGUCACAACCAGGAGCAGCAGCAGCGGCAGCAGCGGCAGCAGGAGCAGUGCGAGUGGGACACAGACAGAGCAGCAGUGGUGGUACAGGAGGAGGUGGUGGGGGCCCUGGAGGGGCAGGUGCAGGGGGUGAGGACAGCCCUAUGGUGGUGCAGCACAGCCCCUUAGCCAGUCAUUAACGGCUGGGCUCACCUAGCAACCUGCUCAACAGUGUACUGUGAACAGUGGGCAGCCAGGCCCUGGACAGUGAGACUGAUAAGAGCCUGGCCAGAGACAGCGCUAGGCCAGUGGCCACACUGUGGUGCAGGACCGUGUGUGCCUGUGUGAUGUGAGCCUGUGACACCCAGAGUGGAGGCUGGCGGGACCCCACCCACUUUCCAACGCAGCUGCCUGGCCCCCCCUCUCUCUGCUGGCACUGCUUUUAUCUUGUUAUUUAUUACCCGCUGGUGAGGAGGGACCGGCCGUAGGCUGCCCUGCUGCAUGCUGGCUGCUGGGCUGCCUGAGGGCCGGGCUGGCUGCGUUGGCUAAUCCAGUCUCAGGAACUCCCUCCCCCACCGCCACCACCACAUCUAUACUACCACUUACCCCUUCCCCUCCCCCAACCGACACUCCUCACAUACCACAACUACCACAUCCACCACAACAUCCAUCACCACAAUGCCUACCGUUGAUGCAUCACUUGUGCAGCAGACACCUUCCCUACAUCCAUUCAAAGCAACACCCAUUAAGCAUAAAUCUCACCCAGUACUCUGUGGAUGAAUCAGUUGCUAGAUUUCUACCCCUAACCUUGCUGAUACAUCUUUUUUGCAACAGUUGUCCACCUAACACCAGGUUGAUGUGUCAUUAAAUCAACACUAUCACCCUCCUAUACCUUCCCCAGUACCAUACACCCCUCCAAAGCAUCAGACAACCAGCAUAGUUCCCUCACCCUUGACACUUGUCUGGUGCUUGACUUAAGCACCAGAAACAUGCCUACACCCAGCUGGUGCAUCACCCACACAACAGAGAACUCCCCCACACCCAGCUUGUGGCCAGCUGGAUAAUGCUCAGUCAGAUAGCAGCUUUUAGCAAAUGUAGAGUAUAUUCCAUUCUGUACUUCAAAACCAUAACUAUCAAAAUAUUGUCAUAAAGCAGUUUGCAUCUUUUUGACUCCUGCUGAAUCUAUUGAAUUUUCUGUCUGACCUAAUUCCCUAUCAACAUCAUGCCAAAGACCUCACAAUACCUUCAUUCCUAUAGUGUUUCCUCACCAGUUGUCUAACAGUUUUAUGUGAUUUGGGGGACCCACCAUUGGCAUAUCAUUUGUGGUGAAUCUUUUAUGACCUCUUCUUUGUUUCUUUAUUUUAUGAGAGAGUAUUUGCUCACUUUUUUAACUUUGCUUUUUAUAGACUUUUUAAGGAUGAUGGGGGUAUUUCUUUUAUAUAGAAUCGAUUCCAUGGGUAUUGGUUUUGGUUAAUGAACCAAGUAAACUGUUUGUUAAGCAUUUUGAAAAAUUUAAGUUUUAUAAUAUUCAAAGUUCCUGACUUUGUUAACUUAUAUUUUGGCUUCACAGUGGUAGUGAAUAUUUUAUAGAGCUUCCCUAUUUAUAUUUCCAAUACAUAAGUAUGUAUAUUGAACCUUGACACCAGAAACAAGAAAGACACCAGUAUUCUGUCGACAUUUUCAGUAAAACUUUUUCUCUGAGUAUAACCUUGAAUUAAUUUGGCAGUUGACGUUGACAAAGUAUUAAAUGUGUGAGCACAUUACAGUCUUGUAAUCUGAAAUAGGUAAUAUAUAUACAGUAUAUAUAUUGUAAAUGGUCUAGUGGGAAAGAAUUUUUAUGACAUCAUAUUUUGAGGUAUUCAUUAAGGUAAAAUCAAUUCCCUAAUUUUCAUUCAUAUAAUUACUGAUUAAACUUGUAUGAAGCGAUCACAGAGAGUGUAGCUACUCCGUAGUAUGAGUUCAGGUGUCAGUAAUGUAAAGCUAGACACUUGUCUUCUGAUGGCUUGCAUCAUGUUUAUAAAUCUGUUUUUAACAGUUGAGCAUACUGUAUUAUAUAUUUGUGUAAGUAAAGAUUCACAUUUUUUUUAUCAGUUCAUUCAAAUGAGGUUCUGCUUAUAUUGUAUUUAUUUAUUUUUUUAUUUUUUUUAGUCAUCUUACUAAAGGAAGUCAAGCCAAAAUCCAAUGCAUAAUUGGGAAUAUUUAUUAGCGUAGGAGCAAGACCAUACCAAUGGAAGAAUCAGGGUGUACCCCAUGUUUACUUUUGAGUUCUAUGUACUGUGUUCAGAUUGUUCUUUGUUUUGUUGUUUCAUCUUCCUCUUAAGUGCUGACCUGUUUUCAUCAAUAGUGUUUGUCAUAGAGGGCAUUUAUUCUCUGGUUUACCAUGAAUUAGAUGUAUAUGGCAUAUUGUGAAUUUAUAGAGGAUGCCCCAAUUAGGUGUGUUUACUCAGGAGUUGAGAAAUAGCCUUAUGGAUGUGCUAUGUAAGGCUUGAAUGUGUGAAAUCUGAAGCAUUGUUAACAGAAGAAUAUGACAGUUGAAUAAGGCCCUUGUUCUUUUUAUUAUUUUUAUUGUGUACAUUUGCUCACAGUGGCAUACCCUUUUUGUGAACGCAGAGCUCACUCACAGUCAGUGUGCGCGGUCCAUGAUGUGUACAUAGUCUAGCGGCUGUUGGGAGACAGGGUGGUAGGUCAAUGUCAGGCAGAAGGCAAGGUUAAAAGUUUUUUGGAUUAUCAAAUCAAAUUGUUUCCCAUGUUUGUGAUGGGGUCGUUUAUCCCUUUUGAAAAUCCACAAAACUGGUGAACUGCCUCAGACCAGUUUUGUAAAGCAAGCAAAGAUGUAAUUAGUUUGGAGUUGUUGUAUCCAACCCACAACAGAACAAAAAUGGAGAGACUGUCCUCCUACCGUACGACCUCAGUGGCUUGGGGCUGCCUUUGAGGAGGGGGUGUCACAGUGACCCGGUCCCGCCCUCCUAUGUGCUGUGUUGUGCCACUAUGGUGAUUUCUUGUAGCCAGUACCAUGUAGAGGACUCACAAAACCAGACUAUGGCAUAGAUUUUGCUCAUCUUGCAAGGAAUAUAGCAAACUCGAAUAAUUUCUCAAAUGAAUCUUUUUAUUAUUAUUAUUAUUAUUAUUAUUAUUGCUUCUUAAUUGGCCUGCAGUAGUAGCAUUGUUAAAUUUUUUAUUUAAUUUUUUUCAGCUUUUAGGUGGUUGUAUAAAAUUAAUCAGUGUAAUGUUGAAGUUUGUAAAAUUACUUUUUCAGAAGUAGAUUUAUUUGUUACAUGCUUCAGAAAAAUCAAGAACUGUGAUCAUCAUAGAGGAGGUCAGAAACUUGGAUGACUUCUCUUUACUCUCUGUAGGGAGGUUAGAAAUUACUCCAGGUUGAGGUUUUCACUCUUUAACAUUGAAAAUAAGCUAUAACUGAGUGAAGAAGUUGCUCUUCAAUUUUAAUUUGUCUCUAAUCUCUGUGUAAAUAAUUCUCACUCCAUGGAGUAAAGAGAACUGCUGUGUUUUUCUGGCCUGGUGAUGUGUCUGUUGUUGACACACUCAGGUUUAUUUAAACAUUUGCUCCUUCCUCAUCAUGAUCUGGCCAUUUAUAAUUCCCACAGGUUUCAUAGUUAUUUUUGUGUUUAUAAUUAUUAUUAUUUAUUUAUUAUUUUUUUUAUAAAAUAAUGUAGUGUGGCAGAAAUUGUAUAACUGGUUUUGGAUCUUCACUUUUUAAAAUAUCCCUUGCAUUUUUAAAUUUGUACAAGAAUGCAGUGACAGGUUAAACAGUUGUGACAUAAAAUGUCAAUAAAAGGUUUAGCCUCCUGGAGUUCCAGUGGUGUGUUGUUUGCUACUGGUGUCCCAUAGGCCAUUGGUUGAUGUAUACCAUAGAUUUCUACAUGCCUCAGGCUCACGUUAGACCUCUGGCUAAUCUUAUGCCAUUGAUGAUGGUGCGUUGUUCCAUCCUGAACACAGCACUGGCAGCCCCUUCCCUGAGAACCCCCACUCAAUGGCCACUAUAUAACCAAAAGGAAGUCAACAAGGAUGAUUAUCUUUACUUGUCUCUUGGAAGCAGUUUUAUGCAGGUCAUUAACUUCUUUAGGUACUAUUUAAUCAAAAUUUUACAGUCAUAGUUAUCUAAUAUUUGUAAGGGAGAAAGCAACUAAUCAUUAUUUCUACAAUAGUUUUAACAGUACAGUAUUGCAUUGGAAUCAAUGUCUGCCUUUAUUUUGUCAUUGUAUUACAGUGAAAGCAAAUUAUUAUAAGGUACCUUACAGUGAGUACCAAGAUUCCUCAGUAUCUAGUCAGGGAGGGAGGAUGGGAAUGGAGAUGUGUGGCCAUUGGGUGACAUAGGGUUGGUAAGGGAAAGCUCUCAUUGGCUCGUAGACCUGUGGUGCUCCAUAGAGUGCGAGGUGCCGCCGCCCUCAGGAACCUUCUCCUCAUCUUGUGUCAUGAUCAGCCAUUAUGGAUUUUUGCAUUUGAAAUGGGACUAUUAUCCCUGUUGUGAAUUAGAAAGUGGGUCUUUAACAAAUGGAAUCCAUAAUGAUCGAUACUGACACUUGUGCAACAGGCAAGGUAUAUUAGUCCAGUGCCAAAAACCAAGGAAAACAUUUAGUUUUAUAAAGGUUCUUGACUUGAUAUAGGAAUGGCACGAGACAGGGUUUUCCUUGUACUGGAGGCUGGUAGUACCUUAGUGGGUGGCAUGAGCCAUGAACUGGGCACUUACACAUUGUUGGCAAAAAAUUGUUGUCGGGGUCUUGAGAUUUAGACUAUGUUGAUUGAAUGCUUCAGUGUCCAAAAAAAUACCCAUUACCUCUUGAAUUUUUUCUAUUUGUUUGAAGUAUCUUGAAACAUUGACAUUGGUUUAAUCAUAUGAUAUUCUCUACUAAAUGAAGUAUAUACUGUACAGUACUCACUUUUCAGUUCAUAUUCCACUGUGAAAAUCACAUCACUUAUCAUAUAUUACCUUACAAAAUAGCCUCAUUUUGUUUACAUAUACAGUGAUAAGUCAUGUCAACAUGCCAAGAUCUCUCUACCCCUAUUGUAUUGUGAUGCAUUUUUCUCUGCGUGUGAUCCUGUUAAAGUGGUCUAUGUGAUGACGGAUAGUGAUGACGAGUGAAUCUUUCAAAAACAGGUCAAAAUGAUUUCAUAGAUCUUAACCGACUUGUGUAAAUGAAGCUCCUUGCUGUGCAUUUGCUCAUAGCUGGGGGGGAAAUGUUAGUUUAUAAUCAUAAGUUGUAGUCUUCAUAAUUUAUACAUACAGAGAUAAAUCAUUGGAGUAGAACAUUAGUUGUAGGGUCAUAAACAAAUUUGCCGAGAUAAUGAAGAAGCCAGAGCCUUGUAUAUCAGCCUCUGUCGUAAACAGACAGUUUUCUGUCUAAAGCAUCAAAUGUGCAGAUGGAAUGAUGUGUGACCAUACAGAUCAAUGUUACUCAUUGGACUAUUGAAUAUGCAAGAAUGAAGCAGGAAAAUCUGUGAUUACCCAUUUCUUCUUUAAAUUUCAGUGUUAAUAUUUUUUUUUCAUUCCUUCUUUCACACAAUACCAGACUAAUCAGUGCCUCUUCUUAGCCCCCUCUUUUUUUAUGUAGUUAUAUCCCCUAAUAAUUCCUGCUUUCCUUGUGUUUCAAAGAUAUAACAGUGUUGUGCUUGAAUGUGUAAGAAUGAGAUUCAUGGCUGACAUACAAGGCUAGGCUCUCAUAGUAAGAGUUCCCUGGCUGCCUGACCAAACCUCUUAUCACUUCCUCACAGAAUUAGGAGAAAGAAUGGUGCUCAAAAGAAAAAUAUAAAACAACAAAAAAAUCUGGGAUUCAGGGAGAAGAGUGUUUUGGCUGUCUGAUGAGGAUAAGUGUGCAUGAGGGUUGGGAGGGCAGUUGCUGCUUCCCCAUUGGCUUGACCGGGCCCCCAGAAGGGUCCAUGCUGCUGAUUCUUGGACCAACGAGGUCAACUUGCUAUUGCAACCGACCAAACCUGUGGUCUGACGCCGCUGUACCCGUUGCUACCCGUCUCCUAGACACAACUAGAACAAAACAAAUGUCUGCAACUUUGUUAUUAAAAAAAUAAAAUGAUACUAAUGA